AUGGUGCUCGUGACCCAAUCUGGUGCCGAGAUUGGUGACGAUGCGACUCAAAGUGGUGAGAAGAGAGCAGAUGAAAGAAGCAUUCAAGUGUACCUUCGUAAGCUUCACUGCAAUCAUGCUGGGCUGAUCGAGGAUGCUGGUACGAUUGGGCCUUCAAUGAUCGCAGCAUGUGCAUUGGCACUUGUGAGCAGCAGAUACAACACCAUUAAGGGGAUGCGGGCUGCCAGGUAA